GACGGCUCGCGCUCACUCCACCACUUCAUUGUGGAUUAUCAAUUUUUUUUUACCCCCUCAAGUAUUUUCUCACUCCACGCAAGUGCUUAUCACUCAAACAUUCAACACCCGAGAGCUAAACCACAACUAAAUAAUAAAUAAGAAAAUUGAAAAAGUCAACAUUGAAAAAAUUCAAUUGCCCAAACUGACUCAGAACAUGACUAACAUAUAGAGCGCUCACGAGGAGUUCUAUUGGUUGUGAUUAAUGAGAUAAUUUAUCGAUUUUUUUUUUUUUGCACGCUGAUGUGAUCUGCGUCUCUGGGACGCGGGGACUAAAUUAAUUUGAGCUGGUGAAUGAGUUGAUAUUCAGGUGGGGAAAUUUAGUGCUGGACAAACAGGAUCGAUUGAGUGGCGAUGUGAGAUGCAUCGAUGAGGGCCGAAAAACAAAUAAGCGGACUUUUGGAGGUUGUUGGACAUUAACGAAUAUCGAGAUAUCGGAGAUUGACAUGCGGGUGAUUGGACGGAAAAUAAGAAACUGAGACGAGGGACCGGGAAUAAUGGAGUAACCGAAAACGUCAGUACGAAGCCACGACUGGCCCUCGGAUUGGUACGAUUAAAGUGAAGAUAAAAAGAGAAGUUGAAAUUGAAAAUAAGGAGAUAAGGAGAAUUCCAGUGGUUGAAAAGGAGAUGGAGAAGUGCGGAGAGUUGCCAAAACGGGAUUGGGGCCAGCGGUUGAGUCUGCGGGGAAGCCGAAGGAGCCAUCAGGGAGAACUCAGUGAUACAAGGACGAUGACCGGGGGAUCGGUGAAGAGCACCAGGAGAUGGGCGAGUCUUCGGCAACAUGUGACUAAUGGUGAUAGAGGAAAACCGACUAUUGAAUUAUUACUGGAUCGUGAGGCCAAUUCAAGAGCACCAACUCCCAGCACUGGCCCACAUUCUCCGAAUACACCAAGAACACCCCAUACACCUGUUAAAAAAUCGAAUUGGGAAGUUAUCGAACAUUUUACUGGAGGACCUAGACCAUCGAUCGUUACCAUGGGCGUAGGAUCGGAAAUUGGCGUAAGUCUGGCGACGACAGGUCGAGAGCCAGUGUCUGAAUGCGCUCUGAAUGCUGGUCUUACUGAUAGCAGAAGAACAUGCGCCCUGAGCCGUUUCCUCAGUGCCCUCUGUUCAUCGCACAGGUUCAAGAAUCUCCAGGUGGAAAUGCUUUAUCAGAGGUACUUCCUCAGGAUGAACCAGAGCAACAUGACACACGUGCUAGGACUCCUGACUGGUCUUACGAUUGCCCUUGGACUCCUAGUGCUGAGGCUUGUGGUCAAUAGUGAUCUGUCUUUCAUCGGGCUUCUGCGUAGAUCCGAGAAUCUAUUCUUGUCCCUCACCCUGUUGGCCUGCAUCGCCAUCUAUGCAGUUUUAGUAGCAGCGAUAUCGAGGCCAGGGAUGAAUGAAGUUUGGUUGGCGGGUGUGAGUGGUGCAGUUUUGGUGACCUUGCUCGGACUGCAGAUAGCCCUGAAUGUUCAUCUGGCAUAUUUGCCAGCUCUCGAUGAUGAAGAGAUAGAGACAUUUGACGGGAGUGAAAGGCCUAGGGACUCGGAUCCAUUUCCUAGUGGAGCACCAACGGUGAGAUUGGAUCAACUACGUACUGGCGGUCCCUUGGCGGCUGCAUGGGCUGUAUGUUUCUUCAUUUAUAUGGCAUAUGCUCUCCUACCCAUACGUCUGAGAUAUGCAUGCAUUGCUGGCGUUGCAUUUUCAACUGCACAUCUUGUUGGAGCCCUUCUACUGUACUCGCAGGACUAUCCAGCCAUUUUGGCGCAUUUAUUGAGCUCAAUUGUUGUAGUGGGUGGUACAAACGUGGCUGGUGCAUUAACGCAUCAUCCCCGGGAGCUAGCUCAGAGACAAGCUUUCCUGGAAACACGUCAAUGCGUCGAAGCCCGGCUGACCACACAACGAGAAAAUCAGCAACAGGAACGAUUGUUAUUGAGUGUAUUACCACGACACGUUGCGAUGGAAAUGAAGGCCGAUAUUGCCGGAAAACCGAAGGACACUAUGUUUCAUAAAAUCUACAUUCAAAGACACGAGAAUGUCAGCAUUCUGUUUGCGGAUAUAUGUGGCUUCACGUCACUAUCCGAUCAAUGCACCGCAGAGGAACUCGUGCGACUGCUCAAUGAACUCUUUGCUAGAUUUGAUCGUCUCGCUUCUGAACACUACUGUUUGAGGAUCAAACUCCUUGGGGAUUGUUAUUACUGCGUAUCAGGUCUGCCCGAAGCUAGACCGGAUCAUGCUCACUGUUGCGUUGAAAUGGGACUAGACAUGAUUGAUGCUAUCACACUGGUCCGUGAAGUUAUGGCUGUGAACGUAAACAUGAGAGUUGGCAUCCACACUGGACGAGUCCAUUGUGGGGUUUUAGGCCUCCGUAAAUGGCAGUUUGAUGUAUGGAGUAAUGACGUAACUCUGGCAAACUAUAUGGAAAGCGGUGGUAUCCCAGGGCGUGUACAUAUAACAAAAGAAACCCUGGAUUGUCUCGGUGGUGAUUACGAGGUGGAAGAGGGUCACGGUGGCGAACGCAAUACUUACUUGAAGGAUCACAACAUCCAGACGUACCUAAUAGUACCGGGUGAUACAUUCAAGGAGAACGUAACGAGCCCCAACAUGAAAAAACCCUAUCCAGCGAAUGGUAACAUAUCCAAGGAGAUGAGAAUGAUGGGUCAUGGGUCACAGCAUGGAAAGCACGCAAAGCUUGGCUUCGGUGAAACCAUUGAAAGUGAGAAAGAUCCCGAGGAUGAAGUGAAUGAGUAUCUGAUGAGGGCCAUUGAUGCACGCAGUAUAGACAGAUUACGUGCUGAACACUGCACACCAUUUCUCCUGACAUUUAGGCGGCCCGAUAUUGAGGAAAAGUAUUCGAGGGAGCGCGAUCGUAUGCUAUCGGCGUACUUCGUCUGCUCUGGUUUUGUUUACAUUGUUGUUGUUGUUGCAAUAGCAAUAACCUUAACUGGGAGUAUUUACUUUUAUGCGUGCACCGGUGUGAGUUUGCUGACAAUUAUUGGAAUCAAUGUAAUCCUACUGGCUGAGAAUAACGAGAGAGUACCACAAUGCAUGAGGAACAUGGCAAUUUCUAUAUUUGAAAAUCGCAUGGUGGCACAGAGUAUCGCCUCAAUUGUUGUCUUUCUCACAUUCAUAACAGUUCUGUCCCCUUUGGUGACCCUCGACAACAAUGAUAUCUGCCGCAACAACACAUCUCCCACAGCGUCUCACGACAAUUCUUCGGUUGUAGUUCAAAGCAUUCCUAUCUCUCCAGGACCCUGCUAUUAUACAUUAUUCACGGAUUUAUUUCCAGUGCUGGUGAUGCUAGUAAUGAUAACGUGCGCUGUCUAUCAGAUACUGACGUCGGUCUUCAAAGUGGCUGUAUUGAGUAUUGUCGUUGCUUGUUAUUUAUCGGUUAGUAUCUAUCAAGCACUCAACGAGGAGAACAUCGACCAGACUGGUAGAUGGUUGGCCGGUGUUUUGGUGAUUUUUUUCAUGGCAUUUCUUGUCGCCCACUCUCAACACACGGAGGCAACAUAUCGCCUUGAUUUCCUGUGGAAACUCCAGGCAACCGAGGAGAAGGAGGAGAUGGAGCAUCUCAAAGCCUACAAUCAGAAACUACUCGCUAAUAUUCUACCUGAGCAUGUUGCAACACAUUUUCUCUCUACAUUCAACACUGACGAACUCUAUCAUGAACAGUGUGACUUUGUCUGCAUAAUGUUUGCGUCCAUUCCCAACUUUUCCGAAUUCUAUGUCGAGCUCGAGGCCAAUAAUGAAGGGGUUGAAUGUUUGAGGCUGCUCAAUGAAAUCAUUGCGGACUUUGAUGAAUUACUCGCUGAAGAGCGGUUCAAGUACAUUGAAAAGAUCAAAAGCACGGGCUCAACGUACAUGGCAGCGUCAGGCCUUACUAAGAGCACUCGGGACACUAAAGACUUCAAACACGUGACGGCAAUGGCUGAUUAUGCUUUACGGAUACGCGAUCAAUUGGCCUACGUGAAUGAGCACAGUUUCAAUAACUUCAAGAUGAGGGUAGGGAUAAAUAUAGGACCUGUCGUUGCCGGUGUGAUUGGUGCACGUAAGCCCCAGUAUGAUAUUUGGGGUAAUGCUGUCAAUGUUGCAUCGAGAAUGGAUUCAACCGGUGUACUUGACAGUAUUCAGGUGACCCAAGAGGUUCGUGAUAUACUCUAUCCUAAGGGCUAUCCACUCACCUGUCGAGGAACUAUUCAAGUUAAGGGUAAGGGCAGUAUGGUCACGUAUUUUCUCGAUGGACCCACCGAUCCCUCCAAGAUGACUACUAUACUCGAAAAUGAUGCUGCACAUCUCGAUAACAAUGUCGAAAUGAUAAAUAAUUCAACUCACGGGCUUACCUUGUGAGAGCAGUAAUGCCGAUUUACUUUCACAAGCUAGAUGUCUCCAGGAUGUCUAUCCUAUCGGUUGUAAAUGUAAAUGACUGAUGAUGUUCGAUGUAAUACUUUUAGAUUAAAUGACGAGUCAAGGGAUUGCGCCAGUUAUGGAAAGCAAAUUGAUAUCCAACUUGGUGAUUCAUUAAAUCUUGGAUGUAACUACGCACAUCUGCCCAGUGAAAUAUCUAUAUUUUUUAUUAUAGUUUGACUCGUACUCUUGGAUACAAGCUCUCAAUCACUCUCAACUGGUCUGUACUGCCGAGGCGAUUGUUGUAGAUUGCGUAUUAAUGUUAGAGACGUGGGCAUGGGAAUGCGAUAUUCCGCUUAACGAUGUCCUAAGUUAGUCAUGAGCAGUCAUGAACAGCUCUGAGCAGUUAUCAGCAAGCGCGACUGGUAGAUUGAAUUGUGUAACGCCAAACGAUAAUCGAGCUCUCUGUACAUUCUGUCCUAUCGACGACCAAAGUUGGGAGAUAGUGUUAAGCAGCAGUCAAUGAUAAUGACAAUGACCAUGGCUGGUGCUCGAUGAUUCAAAUAUUAAAAUCGUUGAAUUGAACAUUUUAACCACAUCUUAGAUUAACGGCUGAAAGAGAAUUGAAUGGGUUCUUCCAUGAUGCCUAUCCAUCGGCAUUGUAAAUACCACAGGUUGAAUUAUGAUAAUCACAUUGUCUAUUACUAGUCCAAUGUUACUAAACAGGCCUCUUUGUUAAACAAUAGUUGGAUAAGAAAACAGAAACAAAUAUUUAUUUUUAGAUGAAACAGAUAAUGAAGUUUCAGCAUUUUCCGCACAUUCCAUGCGCCAUGUGGUGCACUUAUUUUUGGUGCUAUAAAUAUUGGAAAAUAUUAUUCUAGUCAAUAGAGAUGAUGAAUUGGACUGUGGCACGGUGGUGAAGUUUAAUACAACGAAUUGUAUGAUCAAUUCUAUGAUCGUUGCUUAGAUUGGAAUUUCAUGUUUGGGGACCACGGCUCUAGGGGGAUAAAGUUAGAGAUAUUUAUCUAUUGGGAUGAGACAGGGAGAUAAAUUGAAUGUAUACAGUUCAUCUUCGAGUGCGACUUUAGGCAAAAUGAGAGAAACUUCUGUGCGCUAUCUAUGUGAAAUAAGAAAAAAUUAUAUUCAUAGCGCUCUUCAAAUUCAGAUUGAGAAAAUGAAAUCUCAGAUACUAUUUGAAUAUAUCACAUUACCACGGUGACCAUAAUGCAUAAUGUAUUGUUAUCAUGUGGUAGAUGCGAUAUCAUCAAUAUUUGGCAGAGCGUGUGCUAUUUCAAUGUGCCUGACUGGUUAAAUGUGAAGCAAUAGAUUUUAAGUUUCAAAAUGUGAGUGUGUCACGCGUACUAAAGAUAAAUAUGUGAUAAAGAUGUUAAUUAAUACAUAUUACUUAAUAUUACUAAGUACCUUCAAAUUGUCUGUAUAUGCCCAACAAAUGAAAAAAAUUAUUAACUGUCAAUCGAAUAUUUCAGCGUCCAAAUUACUACUCUAUUUGUGCUUUGACCAAGUGCGAAACUCUCAAUGAACACAAUUAAAUUUAAGUUUAAAAAAUAAUGGAACAGCAUGUGGCGUUUUGAAUUAAAAAAAAACGAAUUACAAUUAACAUUGACUCGAAAGUACCGCAAGUCCCACCUAAUAGUCAAUAACUGAUCAUUAAAUUGUUCUAGUGGAAAGAUAGUAUUAUUACAGUUAUAACGAAUUAUUUAGAUUAUUUAGAAUUUUAAAAUCUGUACACAAUGUUUGAUGUAUCUUCAAGGCCUAACGAAAAAUUGACAUUAUUUCUCAAUUAAACAACUCUUGCAAUCAUUUAUUUGUCCGAUGGAACAAUUCGCCAUCUUCAAUUGUGCAAUUGACAAAUUUUAUCAUCC